UGCUCUCACCACCUCACCCACCAUGGCUCCUUCACCAAGGGCACGCCCGCAGGCAGCGAGACCUCGCUCGGCGGCCGGGAGUGCUACGUGACGGGCGACAAGGGUGCCCAGCGCGCACUGCUCAUUGUGGCAGAUGUGUUUGGCUGGAGACUGACUAACACGCGCGUGCUGGCGGAUCGCUUUGCAAAGGAGCUUGGCGCGCGCGUAUACAUCCCCGACUUCCUCGACGGCGACGACUUUACGCAGGCCAAGCAGAAGGACCCAAAGUGGGAGCCCGACUUUCCCUCGUUCCUCGCCAAGCAUCAUCCCGGAGAGGCGGCUGCGCCUUCGAUCCGCGCUGCGGUCGACGAGAUCCGCAAGGAGCAGGGCGACAAGGUCAGGAUCGGCGCUGUGGGCUACUGCUGGGGUGCUCUGCCCGUCUUGCACCUCUCCUCCACCUCCGCCGGUGCCUCUCAAGUCGAUGCCAUCGCCUUUGCCCACCCUUCGCUGCUCGCAGAGGACGGCUCGGACUUUGCGCAGCUCGCAAAGCCAGCCCUCUUCCUCACGUGCGAGACGGACCCGCAGUUCCCCGACGCCAAGCGCGAGGCGGCGAUUGAGGUGUGCAAAAAGAAGGCACGCGAGGGCGUGUUUGUCAAGUUUGGCUACUACCCCAACGUCUCGCACGGCUGGGCCAUCAAGGGCGACGAGAACGACGCAUACACGGCAAAGGCGAUGCAGCAUGCCGCCAUCGACACGGCGAGCUUCUUCAACGCCGAGCUCUGAGCAGCGUGUAAUGAACAUCACAUCCCCUGCUCCUCUGUCACCGUGAGAGGGACACAGACAUUCUUCGGGCGUGUCCAAGAAGAUGGCGCGCAGCGCUGCACUGCGAGAUCGCUGCUGCUUCCCCGAGUACGCCUCUCGCCAUUCAUCCGCCCUUGCCCACCCGGGCGGUGUGGCGAGGGCCACCCUCGCUGCGGCCGAGACUGCCGAGUCCGAGUGGUAGUCGGUGCCUGCCCCGCG